AUGACCCUCAGGCAGCCAAAGGCGGAGACUUUCUGCCAGCAGGCACCCGUCUUCCUUGAUUACCUGCACAGCAUCCUGCAGAAGUACCCAGAUGGGGGGCAAAUCCUCAAGGAGCUGGUGCAGAAUGCGGAUGAUGCUGGCGCUAAAGAGGUCGUGUUUGUGUCCGAUGAGCGAGAAUUCAGCAUCAACGGAGGGGGACUGGAGGGCACCCAGGGCCCAGCUCUCCUGGCCUACAAUGAUGCUGUGAUGUCACCUCAGGACUGGACAGGGAUUCAGCGCCCAGGGGUGUCGCACAAGCGGGAGGAUCCCCACACUGUGGGGCGCUUCGGCUUGGGCUUCACUUCUGUCUACCACCUCACUGACCUGCCAGGUGUGUUGAGCCCCCCAUACUUGGGGGUGCUGGACCCCGAAUGCCGGGUGCUGCCAGGUGCUGGCAAGCGCUGGGACAUCUCUGCAGCUCAGGACUUUCCCGGCCUUUUCGAGCCCUUCUGGGCUGGACUGGAAGCUGUGGGACAACACCGUGCCUCUCCCCAGGGCACCCUCUUCCGCUUUCCCCUUCGCCGGCAACCCUCAGAAAUCGCUGCAGGGGUCUCCGAUCCUGAGCGCAUUUGCAGCCUCAUCCAGACAUUCCUCACUGAUGGCCCUCUUGCCCUCCUCUUCCUCCGCCAUGUCCGCUGUGUGGCCCUGCACCGUGUGGCCCCUGAUGGGGUCCAGACACUCAUGGGGACUCUUGUGGCAUCCCCUCAGCCUCUCCCUGUCCCAGUGCCAUCAGGGGAUGAGGGGCUGAGUCUGGCGUGGUGCCUGGUGGCCUUGCAUGGGAAUGGGGUGGGUGACGUGAGCGAGUGGCUGGUAGCCACAGGCAGGGCCACAGAGGGGCCAGUCAUGGCACUGGGCACAGGGCUAGGGUGCUGCCCAGAGCUGAGCCUGGCACGCCCCCUCCGUGGACCCUGCCAAGGGCGGCUCUGCUGCUUCCUGCCCCUGCCAGCCACUGACGAGAUGGCCACGGGGCUACCCGUCCAUGUCAGUGCUCCCUUCGCCCUCUCUGAUGACCGCCGCCACCUCCGCUGGCCUGAGCAGGGUGAGAAGGGCGAGGAAGAUGCCUGCUGGAACGCCCUGUUGCUGCUUGACCUCCUGCCCCGGGUCUACAGCCACUUGGCCGCUGUGGCCAUGGCUCUACCUGGCACAGAUGUCUACGGCAUCUGGCCAGACCCUGAGUGCAUGCCAAGCUCUGGCCGGAUCUGCAGCCUGGUGACCCGUGUCUGCCAGGAACUGGCAGCUGCCCCUCUCCUGGUGCCAGCUGCAGAGGGGGUGGCAGGGCAUCUGCGGGCGCCUGAGGCUGUGCUGCUGCCAGAGGCUGUGCUGCUGCCAGAGGCUGUGGGGGACGUGGCUGCACAGAAGGCAGUCCGGGCCUUGCUGGUGGCAGCUGGGGAGCCGUUGGCUGAGGUCCCAGCCCACGUGUGGAGGGCGCUGGCUUUGGCGAUGCCGAAGGGCAUGCGGGAGGCCACAGCGGGACAUGUGCGGGAGGUGCUGCGGCGCCAUGGGGCCAUCGACCUCCCAGCUGCCGACCGUCUCUCCCUGCUGCGUUACGUGGUCGGGGAUGGGUGCCAUGCUGAGCUCCGGGGUCUCCCCCUCCUGCCUCGCGCUGAUGGGACCUUCGUGGCCUUUGGAACUGCAUCAACCAUUGUCUACGCGGACACAUCCGACUGCCCCAGGGAGCUCCUGCCUGGCCUGAUGGGGUCCUUCCUGCCUUCAGACCUGGAGCUGGGCUUGGACAGCCUCCUGCGAGGCAUUGCCAAGACAGGUCUCUUCCCCAACCUGGUUCUGCUGGACCCAGCUGUGACUGUACAGACCCUGCGCUUGGCUCUGCCCCCCACCUGGACAUCCCAGUCUUCAACCCCAGUGAACUGGUGCCCGGCCCAAGGACCUCCCCAGCCCCCAGCCUCCUGGUUCCCAGCCCUGUGGCAAUUCCUGGCCCACCACGUGGAAGACCUGGGCCCGCUGGAGGGGCUUCCUCUCAUAUCCCUGUCCCCACUGGAUGCCCCCAGUAUCUGUCUGGCUCUGCUUAUACCUGAGUCCAGUCUCAUUUUCCAGGCAUGGGAGGACCAGCACCUGCCACCUGCUGUGGCCUCUGUACUGGAGGUCCUGGGUUGCCCAGUGGUGCCACCGGGCAUGUGGCACCGCUCCCUGUCCCGCUACGUCCUGCCUCCAUCCCCCCUCAAUGCCUUGCGAGCCCUGGGCAGGCAGGGGGUUGUAGCAGUGGCCUCCCGCAUGGCCUCGCUGCCUGAUGUGGAUGUGGUCACCCUCCGACUCUACCUGGCAGAUGUCCCAUCCCUGACAGAGCAGGACAGGGCCACCUUGGCUGCUCUGCCUCUCUUUAUGCCACUGCCCUGCUUGGCCACCCCACAGCCCACGGAGUUGGUACCGGCUAAUGCCACCCCGAUGCUGGAGCCAGAGCUGGAGAUGCCCAGAGAUGUGCUUCUGCCGGAGGCCAUGUUGCAGUGCCGAGAUGAAGCUGACCAGCAGCUCCUUGGGAGGCUCCAGAGGCCCCUCAUCAGUGCAACCCACGUUAUGCUGAAGGCCAUCAAAGCCGUGGCCCAAGGCGCCUAUGAGGGGCGGGCAACUGAGACACAGGCUCUGCUACUGUGGGUGCUGCAGCACGGAGAGGUUGCCUUUGCACAGAGCCCCCUGCUCCGGCAAGCCUGCAGUGAGCUGGCCUUCCUGGAGACCCCCAAUGGCCCUGCCUGCCCACGAGACCUCUACGACCCCUGCGACAGCACUUUGCAGGCGCUGCUGGGACCUGAGCGCUUUCCUCCUGCUGCCUUCCACAGUCUCUCUGUCCUCCGUGCCUUGAGGGCCCUGGGCUUGCGGCACGGUGAGGGGUGUCUGCUGCCUUCAGACAUCCUCUCGGCUGCAGCAAAAGUGAGUCAGGGUGACACAGUGGCUCUGGACAGGGCUGAGGCACUGAUCAAGGUCUGCAACCUCCCCAAGGCACUGACUGGCUUCAGUGCUGCAGAGCUCCAGAGGCUUCAGGCCCUGCCAUGGGUGCCUUGCUCCAAGUGCACUGGAAUGCCUGGGCAGCCUUUCCUGCCGCCCAGGGAGCUGCGAUCCACUCAGUACCAGUGCCUAGUGGGGCUUGCCAUGCCCCUGACUGAUGCCUUUUUGCCAGAGGCAGAGAAAGAGCUGGGGCUGAGCCAACCACCACCAGAGAGAGUGUGGGAGCAGCUGAGAAAGCUGGCAGGGCAUGGGAACAUGGAUAAGGUGGGUUCCGCUCUCCAGCCCAUUUACUGGCACAUGCAAGAAAACCUGGAGGUCUUUAGGACCGCCCCGGAUGAUGCUGUGGUGUGGACUGGGUCUGGAUUUGUCCUGCCACGUGAUGCCGUGCUGGGCUAUCCUGAGGAGCUGGAGCUGGGGAUGCUGGUGCCCCACGUGCCCCCUGACUUCCUGCCCUACAGCUGCCUCUUCAGUGCUUGGGGGGUGGCGGUGGGGGUGAGUGAGGAGAGGGCAGUGUCAGCCCUGCGCUACCUGAGGCAGGACAUAAACACACGCAGCUCCAGAGCGGGCACUGCCACAGAGUUGCAGGUGGUCGUAGCUGUCCUGGAGUGGCUGAAGAGUCGGGGGCACCAGGGCGAGGGCACCGUGCCGGUUCCUGUGAGGAUUCCGGAGGGCUCAGGCUUUGCCCUUUGCCCAGCUGCUUCUACCGUGUACCUAGACAUGGAGCUGGACGAUGAGGAGGAUGUUCAGGAGGUGGUGCAUGAGGCAGUACCAUCCAGCACAGCCAUAUUCCUUGGUGCAGAGCUACUCAGUAUGCGGGUGCUGGGGCCAGAGCCAUUCACAGCCUGUGGCCCCUCGGAGCCCAUCACCUUACGCCUCCGCAACAUCCUCCGGGAGUAUGGCGAAGAGAGCGACCUCUUCACAGAGAUGGUCCAGAAUGCAGAGGAUGCCGGAGCUACUGUGUGCCGCUUCCUCCUGGACCUCCGGUGCUGCAGAAAGGCCACCUCUGGGCUGCUAGACCCAGGCAUGGUUGCCUGCCACGGCCCAGCCCUCUGGGUCUACAACAAUGCCCUGUUCACAGAGGAUGACCUCCGUAACAUCACGCGGAUUGGGGCUGCUACAAAGGAGGGGCAGGCAGGCCGGAUUGGGCGCUUUGGGCUGGGCUUCAGCUCUGUCUACCGUAUCACAGAUGUGCCAGCAGUGCUGAGUGGGGAGACACUGCUCAUCUUUGAUCCCAAUGGCAUCCAUCUGGGCAAACACAUCCCCAGGGCCGGCUGCCCUGGCAUCCGCCUGGACUUCUCCAGCCGACCACGCAUCCUCCGUGUCUUUGCUGAGCAGUUCCAGCCCUACCAUGGUAUCUUUGGGUGCUGCCUGCCUGAGCCAGGACCCUUUCUAGGGAGCCUUUUCCGCCUGCCUUUUCGCACUGAAGAGGAAGCCAUUACAUCGCAGAUUUGCUCAGAGGCCUUUGGUACAGAGCGCAUCCAGUCCCUUGGCACUGGUUUCCUUGGUUCUAACUGGCUCCUGCUGCUCUUCCUGAAGAAGGUGAGGGAGCUGUCCUUGGAGAUGCUGCCAGAUAUGGCCUCCUCUGCAGAGAAUACCAUACCUCUGGCCACACUGCGGCGAAAGGAGAUCCAAGACUUGGUGUCCCCUGGGGACCCCCCAGGCUGGGCGGCCAUUGAGCAGCUCUCAGCCUGCGAGGAGGAAUCCAAGACCAUACGGCACUACUUGGUUUUGGUGUGUCAGGGUAAUGGGGAACUGCUGGAAUUGUUUCACCAGGACACACGGGCAGGACUCUGUCCUCCACAUCCCAUGGCUGGUGUGGGCCUUCCCCUUACCCUUACUGAAGAUGGCAAGUGGGUACCGCGCCUGGAUGGCGAGAAGGGGCAAGUCUUCUGCCACCUUCCCAUACCAGUCAUCUCAGGGCUACCAAUCCAUGUGCAUGGGGCCUUCAGCAUCCUCUCAAACCGCAAGGGGCUGUGGGACACCGCGGAGCGGGGUAAGUGGAACCGGCUGCUGCUCCGCAAUGCUGUGCCGAUUGCCUGGCUCCAGGCACUAGACCACCUCCGUGCCAUGCAUGAGGCAGGUGAGUUGAAGAACUAUGAGUAUCAUCUCUUCUGGCCAGACUUUAACACUGCCCGUUACCCCUUUACAGAGGCCGUGACUGGUUUCUACCAUGCUGUGGCAGCCAGGAAUGGCCCCAGGCUCUUUUCUGAUGGCCGCUCAUGGUGCUCACUGCAGGAUGCCUGCUUCUUACACCAGAAUGUGGACAGACACCCCAAGCUGGGUGAUGUGGCGAAGCGUGUCUUUGCCACCACUGUGCCCCAUCCCCUGUUAGCUGUGGCCUUGCCAGAGCAUGUGCAGAAGGGCCUUGGGAAGGCAGUGGAUGCUGGCACCUAUGACUGGCCCCGCUUUUACUGUGAUCUCGUGCUUCCCAACUUGGAAAAGCUCUCUGCUGUUGACCGGAACCCACUGCUUCUCCAUGCACUGGAUAUGGCCCAUGAUGAUGUGGACAAAGUGCUGCAGACAGUGCCCUGCAUUCCUGCCACCCCUCAUGGCCACCUGCAGCUCAUCAAUCGCUUGGUGCAUCCCAGAGGCCGUGCUGCCCCUUUAUAUGACCCUAAGGAUGGGUGCUUCCCCACUGGGAAUGCCUUCCUUUCCCCAGAGAGACUAAACCAACUGGAGAGGCUGGGCAUGGUGAAGAACACAAUGGCCCUGCCAGAGCUGCUGGAGCGGGCAAAGACCGUGCAGCUUGUCUGGACCAAGAAUCGUGCUCAAGGCUGCCAGAGGGCUGCCUGUAUCCUUGAGCUGCUUCAGGAUGCAGUGAAGGAGAGAGUGAACAAUACCCUGCAGGUUGCUUUCCAGACUGUGCCCUUCCUCCCUGGUACACUGCCCUCUGGUGAACAUGUGCUGUUGCCAGCUGCCCAGCUCUACCAUCACCUCCAUGCCCCACUAGUGGGACUCAUUCACCCUAUCUUGGCUCCUAAAGCACUGGGGGAAAACUUCAGUCUCCCCAGGGAGGUUAUAUCCUUCUUGGGACUGGACCGGCAGAUACCAUCAGCUACAGUCCUUAAGCAGCUGCAGGCACUGAGCUGUAGCUCCAACUCUCUUCCUUUGGAGAACCUGCAGGACAGCACCAACUGCUGCUACAAGCACCUGAACAUGCUGCUCCAGAAAGGUCACUCCAGCUGGGAUGAAGUGGCUUCUGCAGUGGCCCAAGGGGAACCCUUCAUCUUGGUGGGCUCCCAUUUUGUGCCAGUCACAGCUGUGGCUGAGACACUGUCAUUUGACGCUGUCCCAUACCUUCAUCAGCUCCAAAAGCAAUACAAGCGCUAUGGCCAACUCUGGGAGUGUGUGGGGCUGCGCCACACCUUCACCUGGGAUGAUUAUGCCCGAGUGCUCUGCACCCUGGCAGAGACACAUGUUGGAAAGCCGCUGCCUGCCCUGGAGCUGGCUCUGGCCUUGCGGCUGGUGUCUUGUGGCUUGAUGGAAGAUGGCAACAAGCCAGAUGCCUACCAGACCCAGCGACUCUUUCUGCCUGAUGAGGAGGGCAUUUUGCGUCCACAGGACAAGCUUCACUUCAAUGAUACACCAUGGAUGCAAUUGGACAGAGAUGUCCUCCUGUGCCAUAAACAGCUGUCCCGAGCUGCAGCCCUGCGCUGUGGGGUGCCUACCACACUUCACCGAGCACUGGAGAGGAGUCAGCUCAUCACUGAUGACCUGACCCUCUGGGCACAGCCAUUUGGUGCCCGUGAAGACUUGCCAACACGUCUGAAGAACAUCUUAAAGGAGUACCCAGCAUCGGCUUCUGAUAUGGUGAAAGAGGUGCUCCAGAAUGCAGAUGAUGCUGGUGCAGGGCUUGUGCACUUUGUGUGGGACCGCCGGCAGCACCCAGUGAAAGCCACUUUCAGUGAGAAAUGGAACGUCCUGCAGGGCCCUGCCCUCUGCAUCUACAAUGACAGGCCCUUCCAGCAGCAGGACAUUGAAGGCAUUCAGCGUCUGGGGGUGGGUGGCAAGCAAGGCCGGCAGGAUGUCACAGGCAAAUAUGGCCUUGGCUUCAACACUGUCUUCCACUUUACUGACUGCCCAGCCUUCCUGACUGGAGACAGUGCCCUGUGUGUCUCUGACCCCCAUCUCUACUACGUGCCCAUAGCCACAGCUGAGAAGCCUGGUGGGAUGUUCGCUGUCAACCCUGAAUUCAAGAAGAAUUUUCCAGAUGUUUAUGACACCUUCCUACCCUCCCUCUUCAACCUGAGUCAGGGUGUCCUUUUCCGGCUGCCACUCCGCACUGCAGCUGAGGCUCCCAACUCCAGGGUGUCUGACAUGGUCGUGCGAGACCAAGACCUUGUGAACAUAGAGGAAACACUGGCUGAGGAAGGUGAGGAUUUGGUGCUCUUCCUCCGACAUAUCCACACUGUGGUCUUCUCUGAGAUCCCCCCAGAUGGGAAACAGUUGGUGGAGAGGCUGCGGGUGACAACAGAGCUCACAGAUGGUGAUGCAGAGCUGAGACGGGGUUUUCAAGCAAGAUUAAGCCACGCCAUGGAUGGGAACGGCCCCACCUCUGUCUCCUAUAUCAUGAAAGUCAAAAACAGCAAGACCAAGACCAGAACUGUGUGGAGGGUGAUCUCCCAAAUUGGGAUGCAGAAGGGGGCUGAGGAGUCUCCGGUGCUUGAGUGUCUGCCCUAUGGGGCUGUGGCUGCCUGCCUGGAGCCAUUGAACACAAUCACAGGCAAAGCUUUCUGUACCCUCCCACUGCCGUUGAAAACUGGGCUGCCUGUGCACAUCAAUGCCAACUUCUCUGUGGAUGCAGCCAGACGCAGUCUUCGCUGGGACAAAGGCUGCACAGAGGCAGCCUGGAAUGACUUCUUGCUCCGGCACUUGGUGGUUCCACUAUACUGUGACUUUCUCACCAGGCAGUGGAAAGCCUUGGGGCCAGAAGAGCUCCGGUACAAGUCCCUGAAUCUCUGCCAGCAGCACCUGGACUUACACUUCCUCCGGUUUUUCCCUAUUGUGACAAGGGUGCUCCCUAUCUUUCAGGACAUGGUGAGGGAGGUCUAUAAGCACCUGAGUCAUGCACGCCUGCCCCUGGUGCCUGUGUACCACGAGAAGUCACCUGGCAGCACGGUGACAAUAACCUGGGCAUCUCCAGGUGGAAAGGAUGUGCUAACAGAGCCAUACUUUCUUGAGGUGACGCCAGACCCAGAUGUUCAGAAGGUGCUGCAGCACCUGAACAUGAAACUGGUUCCAGCAUUCACCCACUUGCGGCAGAUCCAUGAGCAGUUCAUUGAAGCCCAGGUGAGCGCUGCUGCCUUAAGCCCCGCCUCUGUCCAGUGCUUCCUCAAGGCCCUGGCUCUGCCUGUGCCUUGCAAGGUGGCUGAGACAUCCCUGGGGACCCCGGAGAGCUGCUCCAUCCUGCUGAAGUACUUAGCAGGAUGGAGCAGGUACUCCCACGGUGCUCCCAAGGAUGUGGACAAGGAAGAACUGGAAGGCUUGCCCUUGCUAGCCACACAAGAUGGUUAUCUGAAUACUCUCAGCGUCCGUCAUCCAGUCUUCAAGAACUCCUUUGCCCACCUCUUCCCCCACCACAAGCACCGCUUUGCCCAAAAGUGUGUUCCUGAUUGGAUCCCACCUUGCUUUGUGAAGGAGCUUGGCCUCCCAGAAGCCACACCACUCAUCCAGGAGGCACUGGGUCAGCUGAAGUGGACCCCAGAGGGGGAAAAGUGGCUCAAGGGACUGUGGACCUUCUUUGACAGUUUUGUCCACACACAGGGAAAGGCCUCAGUGGAGUUGGAUGCAAACAUGAAGUCAUUCAUGGAUCAUCUCCAGGACAUGGCAGUGCUGCCUAUUCAGGGGAAUAAGACAGACUCAAAGCACCUAGUGCCACUAUCCUCCCUCUCCAGAGUUCUUUUUAACUGUCACUCAGAAGUGGAAAAGGUGCUGCACAAACUGGGCAUCCCUAUGCUCCAGUGGUCCCUGCUACCCUUUGAUUUUGCCCACCUCUGCUUGAAGCCAAGGGCACUGCAGGUCACAGAGCCCAGGGCUGUAGUGGCCCACCUGGCAGACACUGGAGCUGAUCUUUGCUGGGGGGACUUAAAGGAGGAGCAUGUGACUACUCUGCUGUGCUUUGUGCAGGGAAAGCUGGAUUCGUGUGCACUGGAGCAGCUCCGGCUCCUGCCUCUCUUCCGGAAAUUUGGUGGGGGCUAUGUAGCAGUGGCUGCCUACCGCAAGGUACUGUUGCUCCACAGACAGUACCUGGAAGUGCCCCUGGGUGCCCAAGCCCUGUACAACCUGGACAAAGACACGGUGCUGCUCACAUCAGACCCAAUCCACAAGCGGCUGGCCAAGGAUUUGAAAUGGGAGGACACUGAUGACCGAAAGCUCUUCAUCACCGUGGUGCUACCCCGGCUGUCCCAGCUCACUCAACAAGACCUUAUGGAAGCUGUACGGUUGUUCUUUGUCCUGCAACCCAUCUGUGAUAGUCAGACCAGGAAGGCUGUUGUGGCAGCAUUUCAGAAUGUGCCCUUUAUACCUGAUGCCCGUGGUACACUGCGCUUAGCCUCCUACUUUUACAUCAAUGCGCCCUCCUUCCGCACUCUGGGGCUCCAAAACCGCUUUGUGCCUAAAUCUUUCUUUAAGGAGCUAGGGAUGAAUUUGGCAGUUGAAGAGUUUCUGUUAGAGGCAGGGGUCCGCACCAGUCUCUCUGUAGAGGAUUUUGUGGCACUGGCCCAGGAGAUAGAGCAUGAAGCUGCUCAGGCUACCUGCCACACUGCAAAUCUGCUGAAGCGACAGGAGGAGAUGCUCAAAGAGCUUGAAACCCUGUUGGAAAAUACUGAAUCAGCAGGUUUCCCAGAGCAAAUUGCCUCAAUCCACUUCCUGCCUCCACUGGCCAUCCCCCAAAGCUUGAGCAACCUCCAUCCCCCUUUUGCAACCUGCAUUAAGCCUGUGGCCCUGAAGGGCAGCAUUUACCACUGCCAAAAUGUGGCUGAGCUGCUGUGGACAUCAGCCACCAUUCUGCCAGAGUCCCUUGAACUCGAGAAGAAGUUCCUGAAGGCCAUGGGAGUCCUUGUAGAGGUACCCACUGCCCUGGUGGUGACCAACCUGGAGCAUGUGUGCAGGGCAGCCUGCCAGACGCCACAACAGGUGAUCACACGGGCCAAAGUGCUCCAGAACAUGUACAGCUUCUUGCAGACUCGUCUGAAGGAGGUGGAUGCAGAGCACCUUGCUGAGCUGCCUGUGGUGCUGACCAAGUCAGGAGACAUGGCCAGGCCACGGCAAGUGGUGACAUCGCUCCCAGAUGAGGCUGACUUUUACCCCUACCUCCUCAAGCCUGACCCACAUGUGGCUGUCUUUGGAGACCUCCUGCAACACCUUGGGGUAGUGACGUUCCCCACACUGACUCACUACAGCCAUGUCCUGGCCCAAAUCUACCAGGAGAGCCAUGUCAGUGGGACCCUCACUAGUGUUCAGAAGAAGGUGGUCCUGCUGGCCACACGGCACUUCUUCCAGCUGCUGCGGGAGGCACCAGAGCCCCCUGAUUGUUCUGCUGUGGCUAAGCUGUACCUACUGAGCACUGCUGACUGCCUAGAGCCAUCCCACAGGCUGUGCUUCAAUGACUGCCUGCCCUCAGAGACUGCUCAGGCCCUGAAGAAGACCUUUUUGUUCAUGGCUGACCUGCCAGUGACAGGAUGUAAUGCCAGGUGGCUGCUGCAAAUGCUACCACCACACCUGCGGCCACGGGCACUCUCAGAGGUGACAGAGCAGCAGCUGGAGGAGGGCAGUCCAUGGCCAUGUCGCUAUGGCUCUCACUGCCCUGGGCAGAGGCGUCUGCAGACUCUCCUGGUAUCACCAUGGUUUAGAUUGGGGCUGGUGUCCCUGCUCCAGUGGCAGAGCCACAAGGCUGUGAUGGGAGUGGACGGGGAUGGUGGCUUUGCAGUGGAGCAGCUGAAAGUGCAGUGCUGUGAGAACAUCUGCACUGUGCUGCUCCACAAUGGGACAAAGGUGGAGGGCAGCUCCCAGUCACGGGUCAUCCAUGUGUGCCUGUCAGGUGGUGCCCAGCGGCUCCUCUACAUCCGGCAUGCAGAGAUGGUGCUGAACCGGUACCAGCUGAGGGUCCUGGAGACACUAGCACAGGAGAUCAAUAACAUGCUGGGUGGACAGCUGGAGGCAUCUGCCUUGUCCGUGCUGCGUGAAAUGCUAGUCUGCCAGGAGCCACAGGAUGUGGCCUUUGUUAUGGAGGAGAACAAUGUGGCACUGGUGGGUGCUGCACCAGAGCUGGAGAAGAGGCUGCAGGAGGAGGCUGUGGCAGAGGGGAAGCCAUGGAAGGUGAGUGGCGAUGUGGAUCCUGGCCUUGCAGCCUUGAGGCCACUGCAUGAUGUCAGGUGGCCAAAGGUGUUGCAGGAGCUCUGCGUCCAGUACGAACCUGUGAGCACUGCCCAGAACCACUGGGGACAGAAAGGUUGUGGCUCCAGGCUGAGCACUGAGGAGCCCAUGGCCCUGACUCCGUCCAUCCCCGAGGCCCUACGGUGGCUGCGUCAGGCCACGAGUGACCUGCAGGCAGCCCACAAUGACAUUCGGCGCUGCUGCCCCAACUGGGUCCUCUUCAAAGUGCACCAGGCCCUGGAGAAGGCACUGGUGGCUGCUGUACUUUGCCGUGGUGAAGCCUUUGAGGGCCUGGGAGGGCUGAUGGGCCUUGCCAAAUGGCUGGAGGCGAAAGAGCCAGAACUGGGGGGCCUGGUACUGGACAUGCAGUGGUUAUGUAAACAGGGCAUGGAUGGAAAGGCCACACAGUACCCAAAUUACCACCCUUUCCCCAUGACCCCCAGCGAGGCCUUCCCCAGUGUGGAUGAAGAGGAGGUCCUGAAGCAGGCACAGAAAGUGCUGGGGACAUUGAAGGACCAUGUGGGCAGAAAGUGAGGAUGUCCCCAGAGAGGGUCACUGGCAGCUGUGCUAAGGGACCACCAUGGGCCCACCAGAAACCCACCAUGGACCUGUUGUGGACUCAUCAUGGACUUGCCACAGGCCUGUCACAAGCAAUUUCAGACUGUCCAGGCCUGGUAGGAGAGCUUUGGAAGUAGAUUGGCAAGGCCACUGGAUGUUGCGGGGUAGCCUGUGCCAUUGGCAUGCCUUGAGAGCAGGGGAAAUAAAGUACAAUAAUAAAUGUUGCAGUGCUGGUAGACCCUUCACUGACAGUGGACUCAGAGGACAUGGAGAGGUCAUGGGUGGCUGGUGGUGUGUGGAAGGUGGAGAUGGUGAUGAAGGGGUUUAGAGAACUGUCGGCAGGGGCGC